GACGUAGAGCGCAGGGCUGCUGUUGCCAAAGUCGCGCUGCUCUCUGCCCCGGCGUGUGGCCUCCUGUCUGUGUGAACCGAUGUGGUAAUGUGUGAUACAAAGUCGCCGAGUUAAUGUCUUGUCCAACUGGUGAGACAAAUUCGUUGGAAGCUUUCGCACAAGCGGUUUUUGUUUUUUAUUUUUCCUAAAAUUUGAAGAAUUUAAUGCUGAAAAAAGCAAAUCAGUGUCCAAUUCUGACGUUCCAGAAUGUUAAAGAUUUGCAAUGAAACGCGUAGUGAGGCAGCGCUGUGAAAAUUCGACAUUUGGAAACUUCUGAGCUUGUGCUGUGUGGCAUCAAAAAUCGGGUCGCCUGGUGAAAAACUGAAAAACGUUGAAUCCCCUAAGAAAUUCAUUCGGAGUGAAACGGGAAAACGGCGACAAUGGCGACAAGUACAACGUUGAACGAAUAAAAUUGACUUAUCCGGAAUGUGCGCCCCGAAAAUCUUCAAUUUCUUCUUGUCGAGAUAAAUUUCCUUCCACUCACCUGGCCUUUUAGUCAGAUCCAUAGCCAAAAUACAGUAAUGCUACGAUAAUUAUUACAAAGAAUAAGGAAUAAAUGAGUGUCAGCUCAUAGUGCCGAGAAUAUACGUAAAAAUAGCUAAAAAUUCACAAAAAAAAAUAUCGACUUCGUAGAUGAUCCAAAGUGUAUGUGUGCGCGAGCGGAUGCAACACUGAACGCGCGGCAAGGCCACUUCCGAAUCCUCCGAAAGGAGCGGCUCCUGUCUCCCACUGCCAACACCGUAGAAUACUAAAGUAGCAGUGACCUGGUAUAAUUGGCCUCCCAAAAUAAAUGUCCAGUUGCCGCUGUCGUGCCAUGCGGACGGCGUGUCACUCCCGACCAAUGCGUAUUGUGGUUCACCUUGUGUAAGAUAAUUAUGGCCGAGCGGUCGUUACAAAAGUAUCAGAAAUUGGAAAUAGUGACGGUUGGAAGCGGCUCAGGAAGUAGUGCUAGCAGAGCAUCAACAGGACUUCUUAGGCGGGGGGCACUUGGGUCGAAAGGGAGCCCAUCGCUUAGCUGAUAGAAUGGGUGGCCCAAAAAAAGAGGAGAACCCACCAGGUGGUGGUCCGACGUCGUUAUUCAUCCUUACCGAGGAUAACCCAAUUAGGAAGUACACACGAUUCAUCAUAGAAUGGCCGCCCUUUGAAUACGCUGUGUUAUUGACAAUCAUAGCCAACUGUGUUGUGUUGGCGCUGGAGGAGCACUUGCCCGGGGGCGACAAGACAGUAUUGGCUCAAAAAUUGGAAAAAACGGAGGCCUAUUUUUUAUGCAUUUUCUGUGUAGAAGCAUCGCUCAAGAUCCUCGCCUUAGGGCUUGUUCUGCAUAAACACUCCUAUCUCAGGAAUAUUUGGAACAUCAUGGAUUUUUUCGUUGUAGUGACGGGAUUCAUGACACAGUACCCACAAAUAGGGCCCGAGGUAGACCUAAGAACACUUAGAGCCAUUCGUGUGCUACGGCCCCUAAAAUUAGUGUCUGGAAUUCCUAGUUUACAAGUAGUUUUAAAAUCUAUAAUCAAGGCGAUGGCACCUUUAUUGCAAAUCGGUCUCUUGGUGUUGUUCGCAAUCGUAAUAUUUGCAAUCAUUGGACUCGAGUUUUAUUCGGGCGCACUGCAUAAGACUUGUUAUAGCUUAGAAGAUCCAAACAAACUAGUGAAGGAGGGCGAAUCAGAGACGCCCUGCAAUACAGACAACGGUACGGAGAAGGCAGGUGGCUUUGUGUGCAACAACACCACUAGCAUGUGUCUCGAGAAGUGGGACGGACCAAACCAGGGCAUAACGAGUUUCGACAACAUUGGAUUCGCCAUGUUAACCGUGUUCCAAUGCAUCACCAUGGAGGGCUGGACAUCAAUACUCUAUUGGACCAACGAUGCACUAGGUUCAACAUUUAAUUGGAUAUAUUUCGUGCCUCUUAUAGUUAUAGGCUCAUUUUUUAUGCUCAACCUAGUUCUUGGUGUCUUAAGUGGAGAGUUUUCGAACGAACGAAACCGUGUUGAGCGACGCAUGGAGUUUCAGAAAUGCCGAUUUCGGGCCAUGUUUCAGACAGCAAUGGUCUCGUACCUUGACUGGAUCACACAAGCAGAGGAGGUAAUCCUAGCAGAGGAGCGAACCACAGAAGAAGAAAAGAUGCACAUUAUGGAAGCCCGAAGACGCAAUGCUGCCAAGCGAAAAAAGCUGAAAAGUUUGGGAAAGUCCAAGUCUACAGACACUGAGGAAGAGGAGGCCGAGGAAGAUUAUGGCGACGAUGGUUAUUUGAAAACUCGAUCGAAACCCCAAGGCAGUUGCACCGGAUUCUGGCGGGCGGAAAAGAGGUUUCGCUUUUGGAUCCGGCACACGGUUAAAACACAAUGGUUUUACUGGUUCGUGAUCGUCCUUGUCUUCCUGAAUACCGUGUGCGUCGCGGUGGAGCACUAUGGUCAGCCAUCGUUUCUGACGGAGUUUCUAUACUACGCGGAGUUCAUUUUCCUGGGUCUGUUCAUGUCGGAAAUGUUCAUCAAGAUGUACGCUCUGGGACCCCGGAUCUACUUUGAGUCAUCAUUCAACCGUUUUGAUUGCGUUGUCAUUAGUGGUUCGAUAUUCGAGGUUAUAUGGUCCGAGGUCAAAGGCGGCUCCUUCGGACUGUCUGUCCUGCGUGCUCUGCGACUUUUGCGCAUCUUCAAAGUAACCAAGUACUGGUCGUCGCUGCGCAAUCUAGUCAUCUCCCUGCUGAACUCAAUGAGAUCGAUUAUCUCGUUGUUGUUCCUGCUCUUCUUGUUCAUACUCAUAUUUGCUCUGCUUGGCAUGCAGUUGUUCGGCGGCCAAUUUAACCUGCCCGGAGGCACGCCCGAGACCAAUUUCAACACUUUCCCGAUAGCACUGUUGACCGUUUUCCAAAUCCUUACCGGCGAAGAUUGGAACGAGGUCAUGUAUCAGGGUAUCAUAUCGCAAGGUGGUGCCCAGAAAGGAAUGAUUUACUCUAUAUAUUUUAUCGUUUUGGUACUCUUCGGAAAUUACACGCUAUUGAAUGUGUUCUUGGCUAUCGCCGUUGACAAUUUGGCGAAUGCCCAAGAACUAACAGCAGCCGAAGAGGAACAAGUCGAAGAGGAUAAAGAGAAACAGCUGCAGGAGCUCGAAAAAGAGAUGGAGGCGCUUCAGGGCGAUGGUGUACACGUGGAGAACGGCGACGGUACCAUCGCCACAACCAAGGGCAAGAACAAGCGCAAGGAAGAGGAGAAGAAGGAGGAGGAGGAAGUGACCGAAGGUCCCAAGCCAAUGCUGCCAUACUCUUCGAUGUUCAUACUUUCACCAACCAAUCCCAUUCGACGCGGCGCCCAUUGGGUUGUUAAUUUGCCAUAUUUUGAUUUCUUUAUUAUGGUCGUCAUAUCAAUGUCAUCUAUAGCAUUAGCAGCCGAAGAUCCCGUUCGUGAGAACUCAAGGCGAAACAAGAUAUUGAAUUACUUUGAUUAUGCAUUUACCGGCGUAUUUACGAUAGAAAUGUUGCUGAAAAUUGUAGACUUGGGUGUGAUCCUGCACCCGGGAAGCUAUUUAAGAGAAUUCUGGAAUAUUAUGGAUGCUGUGGUCGUUAUAUGCGCUGCUGUUAGUUUCGGUUUCGAUAUGAGCGGUAGCAGCGCUGGACAAAAUUUAUCGACAAUUAAAUCGCUUCGAGUAUUGCGUGUUCUGCGUCCAUUAAAGACCAUUAAACGUGUUCCAAAAUUAAAAGCCGUCUUCGAUUGCGUCGUGAACUCAUUGAAAAAUGUUGUUAACAUUCUAAUCGUGUACAUAUUGUUUCAAUUUAUAUUUUCUGUUAUUGGAGUACAAUUGUUCAAUGGAAAAUUUUUUUAUUGUACGGACGAAAGUAAACAUACUUCCGCAGAGUGCCAGGGCUCGUACUUCAAGUACGAGGAGGACGAAUUGCUGCCAAAACAGGAGCUGAGGGUGUGGAAACCACGAGCCUUCCACUACGACAACGUUGCCGCCGCGAUGCUGACAUUGUUCGCCGUCCAAACCGGCGAGGGAUGGCCACAGGUCUUGCAACACUCUAUGGCUGCCACUUAUGAAGAUAGGGGUCCAAUCCAAAAUUUCCGGAUCGAAAUGUCCAUAUUUUAUAUUGUGUAUUUUAUUGUGUUUCCAUUCUUCUUCGUCAACAUAUUCGUGGCCUUGAUUAUUAUUACGUUUCAAGAGCAAGGCGAAGCCGAGCUACAAGACGGUGAAAUUGACAAAAAUCAGAAAUCCUGCAUUGACUUUACAAUUGGCGCCCGACCCCUUGAGCGAUAUAUGCCCAAAAAUCGAAACACCUUCAAGUAUAAAGUUUGGCGCAUUGUCGUGUCUACGCCUUUUGAGUACUUUAUUAUGAUGCUGAUCGUAUUUAAUACUCUCUUACUGAUGAUGAAGUACCAUAAUCAAGGAGACAUGUACGAAAAGUCGCUAAAGUACAUAAACAUGGGAUUCACUGGAAUGUUCAGUGUAGAAACUGUGCUGAAAAUCAUUGGAUUCGGUGUAAAGAACUUCUUCAAGGAUCCCUGGAACAUAUUCGAUCUAAUAACAGUCCUUGGCAGCAUUGUGGACGCCUUGUGGAUGGAAUUUGGGCACGAUGAUUCGAACUCAAUCAACGUCGGCUUCCUGCGUUUGUUUCGUGCAGCGCGUCUUAUCAAACUACUGCGUCAAGGAUACACAAUACGCAUCCUCCUGUGGACAUUUGUACAAUCAUUUAAAGCACUUCCAUAUGUCUGUUUGCUUAUAGCUAUGCUGUUUUUCAUAUACGCUAUUAUCGGCAUGCAGGUGUUCGGAAAUAUCAAACUAGGUACAGUGGAAAAUUCCAUUACUAGGCACAACAACUUCCAAUCAUUUAUUCAAGGCGUCAUGUUGCUAUUCAGAUGCGCAACCGGCGAGGCUUGGCCGAAUAUCAUGUUGGCCUGUCUCAAGGGAAAGGCCUGCGACGAGGACGCCGAGAAACGUCCUGGGGAGUACUGCGGAUCCACCCUGGCCUACGCCUACUUCGUAUCGUUUAUAUUCUUUUGCUCCUUCUUGAUGCUCAAUCUUUUCGUGGCCGUCAUCAUGGAUAACUUUGAUUAUCUAACGCGGGACUCCAGCAUACUGGGUGCCCAUCACUUAGACGAAUUUGUGCGCAUAUGGGCGGAAUAUGAUCCAAAUGCGACAGGGAAAAUACACUACACGGAAAUGUACGACAUGCUGAAGAACAUGGACCCUCCAUUGGGAUUCGGCAACAAGUGUCCCAACCGCCUGGCUUAUAAGAAGCUAAUACGUAUGAACAUGCCACUGGACGACGAAUUGAGAGUCCAGUUUACCACAACGUUGUUCGCUUUGAUUCGGGAGAAUCUUAGCAUAAAAAUGCGAGCGCCUGAGGAGAUGGACCAGGCGGACUUGGAACUCAGGGAAACCAUCACCAACAUUUGGCCACUGCAGGCGAAGAAGAUGCUGAACCUGCUGGUGCCGCCCAGUGAUCAGCUGAACAAGGGGAAACUCUCGGUCGGUAAAAUCUACGCAGGCUUCCUCAUAUUGGAGUCAUGGCGCAGUACGCGGUUUGGCCAGAUUGACUCGGGCAUGCCGCGGAAGAAGCAGGAAGACGACGACGAGCGAGUUUAUAGCCCGACCACAAUCGAGGAGCCGAAACAGUCAUUUUUUAACUGCCUCCUCGACAUGGCCGCCCUUGACAAAGGAGGAUCGCGUCAGGGUUCCAUAAGUUUCGAGCCGAAUGGGGAAGGAGCCGCCAACUCACAGACACAUUUGUUAGCCAGCACGCACCACCACCACCCAAAUGGUGAUGCAGAACACAACAGUUUGGCAACACUAGCACGGCGGAGUACGAUCAGAAAGCGAUCCGUUAGAAACAAAAAGAUGCUGGAGCUCCAAGACGCGUCGCGGCAUCCUUCGCAGGAAUCGCUCACUGGUGCCGAUGCUAGCCAUUUACAUCCUGGACUUUCCUACAUGAAUGGCCAUCGACAAUCGCCGAGUUUAAGGCAUAACGGCUCUCCGCUCGCCAGAUCGCCAAGCCCUCGAAGGCGUGGCCAUCAAUACAUACAUCAUGAUAUAGGGUUCUCCGAUACCGUAUCUAAUGUCGUAGAGAUGGUCAAGGAGACUCGUCAUCCUAGGCAUGGCAACAGCCAUCCACGGUAUCCCAGAGGUUCAUGGUCAGCAUCGACAAGUCCAGCCCGUUCGCCGUCGCCUUCUCGUUACGGUGGUCAUUUGUCUCGCAGUAAACGCACUCAACUGCCUUAUCCCACAUAUGGGACAACCAGUCUAUGUCAAAGGUCACGAUCGCCGAGUCCCGCUCGACUUCAGGAGAUGCGUGAACGAGACAGACUUGGUUAUGGGAUUAAUAUGGGUGGAACCCACGUGCAGCACAGUUAUCCCACACUGGCAUCCCGCCGAGCUGGCAUAGGACGGCGACUACCACCUACUCCGAGUAAGCCAUCUACUCUGCAGCUUAAGCCAACCAAUAUUAAUUUCCCUAAGCUGAAUGCAAGUCCCACGCAUACGCACCACUCCACACCCCACAGUGUUCAUUCGCUGCCGCACCAUCGCGACCUCCUGAGGGAUCCAAGGGACGUCUACUACAGCAGCAGAGACCGCGAGCGGGACCGAGAGCGCCUUAGGGACCGAGACAGGGACCGGGACAGAGACCGUCUCCACGAGUACGACCUGCGCUACGAGUACCGGGAUCGGGAGCGCGAGUUGUACGAGCGCGAGAGGGAUCGCGAACGGGAAGUAGAAAGAGAAAGACUGGAAUACAUAGCCCCGCUGUCGUUUGAACAGGCGCUAGCUAUGGGCCGAACAGGUCGUGUACUGCCAUCUCCAGUCCUAAAUGGUUUUAAGCCAAAGACCGGACUAAAUACUCGACACUCCGAUUCUGAUGAGGAGGAUUGGUGCUAGCAAAGGCUUUGAUUGCGAUCGCGUCAUCGAAAGGAUCAGAUCUGGGUAUAGCAUCAGGCCAUUUGCUCAUCAAUUUCAGCACCGAAUUUAGAUCACAAUUUUGAUACGAUAAAGCACGGACACGGAUACGGACAUCUCAGUCCGCGUCCCGCACCCAAAGUCCACCGGCAUUCCUUGCAUUUGCGUCACGCAAACGCAACGACAUCAGCACCCGUAAUAGUAGGAUCUACAUCAAAAAGGAUAUUGGCUAGAGAGAACUUACAGGCAG